ACUUCAAAAAAUGUAAAAGUGAUGCCUACAGCAUUCUCAAAAACGUACCAUCUUCGAUUUCUUAGAAUGAAUUUUGAUGAUAGAUUUGUCUUUAAAAGCAUAGUCUCAGAGAAAUCAGGAUGGGCUCCUUACAAUAAAAUGAUUCUUCCUUUUGAAGGUAUUGAGUAUCUUUCUGAUGAGCUAAGAUAUUUUCAAUGGGAUUUAUACCUUUCAAAAUAUUUGCCAUCAAAUUUUAGUCCUAAGAAUCUUGUAGAACUUGUUAUGCGUGAGAGCCAACUUGUGGAGCUACCUUGGAAUGAAGAUCAGCCCAUUGGGAAGUUAAAGAAAAUCGAUCUUAGUUAUUCUGAGCACCUUAUUCAAAUACCAAAUUUGUGUAGGGCUAUAAAUAUUGAAAGUAUAAAUCUUCGAGGUUGUAAAAGUUUGGCUCAAGUUCCUUCAUGUUUUAAGAAGCUGGAUAAGCUUCAGCUACUAGAUUUGACUGAUUGCAUUAGUCUGAAAGAUGGCAUAGAAAAUCUUCCGAUGAAUAUAAGGAAGUUAAGAUUGGGUGGAACAGCAAUAGAAGUGGUGCCCUCAUCAAUUGGGUGUCUUGUAGAUCUUGAAUAUUUAGAUUUGAGUGGCUGUAAGAAUCUGAAACAUGGCAUAGAAAAUCUUCCAUUGAAUAUAGUGGAUUUAAGAUUGUCCUGGACAGCAAUAAAAAGUAUUGUCCUCAUCAUUUGGUCUCUUGAAUCCCUACAGAUUAGAUUUGAUGUCUUGCAGAAAUCUGGAAGAUGUACAAAAUAUUUCGAUGGGUAUAGGUGAUUUAAAUUUGAGUUGGACACCGAUUAAAACUCUACCGGAAAGCAUUUGGAAGAUGAGACAUCCUGUAAGUCUGUUUCUUAAUUAUUGUCCAAACCUGGAAAAGCUUCCAGAAGUCUCGGAUUGUUUAAGUUCAUAUAUUCGAAUUUUGAGUUUAAGUGGUUGUACGAGAUUGAAAUCAAUACCGGAGCUUCCACUACGAUUAGUAUGUUUAU